GAGGAAGGCCGUGUCUGCGGCGGGGCGGGGCCGCGGCGGGGCGGGGCUGCUGAGGGUGUGCAGUGAAUGCCAGAGAGGUUACUCAGGAAGCUUCCAAGAAGGAGAGAAAGGAAGAAUUAACCAGAGACCCACCUGCUUGAAGCCCUGCCAGGGGCCCUGGGAGCUGCAGUCACCAAGCCCAUCAAUUAAAAUCACCCUGUCAGCCAAGGCCUGUCCCUGGCAGCACCCCCGCCUCCUGGGGCCAAAUUCCUUGAAGGCCUCACAGUUUGGUUCACUCACUCACCUGCGAGCACGUUGCACAAUCCCUGGCCCUACCCUGCCUUCCAGUCUGCCAGUCCUCAGUGUUUUCCUUUCUUCUCACCUAACAAAGUUCUCAACAAAAACAAGCCUCCACAUCAAAGUGACCUAACGGCAAAUGGUUUUUGAAGUGAUUCUUGGUCCGUAUUACACCCAAACAAUAAGACAGUCAAAUCUAUGAACAAAAUGAAAUUGGAUUUGCUUCAAGGACCAUGGUUCAAACAAAAAGGGGAUGUUCGGUGGGAGGAUUCUAGUUUCCUCUUCUAUCCAGAGCUGUCCGCUCACUGAGGGGAACGCUGGUGUCCUGACCGGUCACACUCCCAACCAUGACGCCUAAACACUGCUUUCUAGGCUUCCUCCUCAGCUUCCCCCUGACAGGGGCGGUAGAAACUCAGUCAGCCCAUCAGUCUCUGAAGCCUCAGCGAGUACAUUUUCAGUCCCGAAAUUUUCACAACAUUUUGCACUGGCAGCCUGGACGGGCUUGUACCGGCAACAGCAGUAUCUAUUUUGUGCAGUAUAAAAUGUAUGGACAGAGACAAUGGAAAAAUAAAGAGGACUGUUGGGGUAUUCGCGAGUUCUUUUGUGACCUUACCGAUGAAACGUCAGAGAUAUGGGAACCUUAUUACGGGAGAGUGAGGACGACCUUGGCUGGGAUCCACUCAGGCUGGACCAUGACACAGCGGUUCACUCCCUGGUGGGAAACAAAAAUAGAUCCUCCAGUCAUGAAUAUAACCCGAGUUAAUGGAUCUUUUCUGGUGAUUCUCCAUGCUCCCAACUUACCACAUAGAGAUGAAAAAGGAAAAGAUGUAUCAGUGGAAAGUUACUAUGAGCUAGUAUACCGAGUAUUUAUAAUUAACAAUUCACUAGAAAUGGAGCAAAAGGUAUAUGAAGGCACCCACAGAGUGGUUGAAAUUGAAGCUCUAACACCUCACACUGGUUACUGUGUAGUGGCUGAAAUAUAUCAGCCCAUGUUAGACAGAAGAAGUCAGAGAAGUGAAGAGAGAUGCGUGGAAAGUCCUUGAAAUGCUCUGCAUAGUGGAAUCAAAAGGUCUCUGUGAAUGGAAUGGCUCAUGUUUGAAGAAUUUCAUUGAAAGUCAAUUUUUUGUUUUCUUAACGCAGUGUUCACUUUUACACUUUGGAGUUUAAUCAUUCUUUCUUCCUCUUUAUUUUAUUUGUAAACACAUUUAAGCAACCCCCCCCACACAAAAAGACAUUAGAAUUUAAAGAAGAGGCAGAGAACAAAGGGCUCCAUGAAAUACAGAACUUCAUUUCUGAUUGUAAUGUCUCUAACAACAAUCCCAAUCCUUCUAAGUCAGCUAAAUAAAAAUUUAAGAACCAAGGAGAGAAGACAUUGUUUAAAAUGUUGUUGAAUUAAUAUUUUUUUUAAAUAGCAUUACAGACAGGCAAUCCUGGAGCAAUCCAUUUUUACUCUUUAUUUGACAGUUAACUUGACAUAGACAUUUCAACUUUCACAUAAAUGGAAUUUUUAGCUGAAUGAGUAUUUUCCAUUGCAUUUCUAUUUUAUAUGAAUAUACUUUUUCAUACAUUCAUUUUCCAUUAUGUAAUACUCCUACUUAAUGAACCGUUACUUUCUUUCAAAUUCUAUUCUGUGUAAAUAAGAAUAGUAUUUGAAAAAACAAAAAACCUCUCAUGAUCUCUGAAUUAAUAUCUACAUUAAGUUUAUCAACAAUAACAUCUAAAUACAAAAGGGUGCCCACUCAAUUCAAUUUCCCUCAUUUAACACAUACAUUAAAGUUUUCUUUUCUGCUUUUGUUUUGUUUUCUAACAUUGCCUUAGAAGAAUUUAUCCUUAUUCUCCAAAUCAGGUAUAAUCAUUUUUAGCAACAAAGUGAAAAAGAAACCUUAACUCUAAUUUAUAUCAUACUCAUUUCUCAACCAUGCUGGUGAAGAGUCACUUGCCAGUAGAAUCUUCAUAAUCUCUAUAAACAAGAAUCUUAGGAAUGCCAGUUUGACUGGGGACGUGAGGUUUGGUUGGGGACCGGGUAGAGAGGUUGACUUGUAGCUGAAAGCCCACCAUGGGGGGUAGGUUUAUUUGGAGGAGGGACCAGCGCUGGGGGAGAUUGUAGGGCCAAUGAAAGCCCACCAGCAACCUCCUGGCAGCUCCAGGGCCCCACCAAGCGGAGGUCUGUGGGCUUAGGCUCAGAAAGCUGCCUUCCUCACUUGGGCUCAGUUUUAUAUAUGUGUUUAUGGUUGUCUGUCUUGUGAAGAGAUAUAUGCUGGACAACAUUUGUACAAUUCCUCAUGAGCAUUGCUCCAAAAUGUGGCAAAAAUACAGUCGGUGUUUCUGGUUAUGUACAGUUACACACAAUAGUAAACUGAUUAAAAAUUAUUCAGAAAGGAGAGAGCACAGAGGGAGAGAGUAAGAGACAGAGAAAGAGCUAGAAAAUUGGUUUCACUGCUUUCCCAUAUGAUGAGAAAAAAUUACUUUGUAUAUCUUGAGAUAAAAAAUUACUUUAAUCUGUGUUUUUGAAUUAUGCUGUAUUUUUUGAUUACUGUCUAUUUUGCCUUUCGUUCUUUUGAGAAAUUAAGAGCAGUGGGAUGCGUGGGGAGUAAGGAUUGUGUGUGGUCAACAGCAUUUAAGUUUUUGAAAUUCAAUAGUCCUGAACUCUGAUUUUAAAAAUUUUUAAAAAAAAGUUACGGUUGCCUCAUGAAAGUUAUUAGGUAGUAUCAAGUUUUGUUUUAUGUUUCUUUCACUUUGUUUCUGCUUUCCCGCUUUGGCAUGUUUAGGCAAGAAUAAAAUACUUCA